AUGUCCUCACAGUUUCUGCAGACGGAGCUUCUGAAUCUCAUUCAGGAGUCCAGGAGAAAGAAUUCAGACCUGCGAAAUGCCGCUGAGGAAUCCCUUAAUGACUUAAAGGCAUUGCCUUCGACUUCGGAGGCACAAAUCUCAGCCGGUGGAGACCUCGUGCGCAAACCUAAGUUUGUCGAUCCAUUUAUUCUAGCCUGCCAUAGUCGACAUGCAAAGCUUUCUGGAAUUGGGGUUGUCUGCUUGCAGAGACUCGUGGCCUCCCGUUCAUUGCCGUCCAGCAGAUUGAAAGAUGUGCUGGGAGGACUGAGAGAAACGACUAGUUUGAAUUUGGAUGUUCAACUCAAGAUCCUGCAGUCUCUGCCUUCACUUUUACAGCAUUAUUCCAAUGACUUGGGUGGUGAGCUGCUUGCGAGUACAUUGGAGAUAUGUGCCACACUGCAGGCAAGCAAAACGUUGGCUGUUUCGAGCACGGCAGCGGCCACACUACAGCAACUCGUAGUUUCGACAUUUGAACGAGUCGCCGACGAGGACAAAACCCUUGACGAGUCUAAGCCACGAGUCGCAGUAAAGAUUGAAGGAAGCUCCGUAAAUAUCGGUCUAUCUGCAUACGAUGCCUUACAUUCUUUGAAGGUCCUGGAUGAUUUGUGUCGGCUCGUAGAUGGCGAACAACUCCAAUUCCUGCAUAUCAAGUCACUUUCGCAAACAUUCACCUUGGAGCUGAUUGAAAGCGUUCUGAUCAACAGCGGCCGCCUGUUUAUCGGCCAUCCAGAGCUUACCCAUAUCUUGCGAACCCGGCUAAUGCCUAUGACCGUAAGAUACCUAUCUGAGAGGCACACUUUUGCGCUCACAGUGCGAGUCGCGCGCAUACUUCUUAUCCUACUCAAGCGGCACAUGUCUCUAUUGACAGCGGAGUGCGAAAUGGCUCUUGGGCUGCUAACCCAUCUUCUUGAGCCUGAUGGAACUUCGCCAUGGAAAAGAGUUCUCUGUAUGGAGAUCUUUAGAGGGCUCUACGCUGAGCCAGGCUUGGUCAGACUGGUUUACUCCUUGUAUGAUGGAGAAGACAGCAGAAAAAAUAUCCUAAAAGACCAUAUGGCUUCGCUCGUUCGCCUGGUCUCCGAGAGGCCGUCCUUGAUCGGUGUUAGUAGCCGGUCAACAGUACCCAUGCGAGCUGAACAUUCACGGUCCAUCACAGAAGAACAGAUAACUCUCGAGGCCGGUGGGGUUGCGGGUGUCAUUGGGGCGACGGGCCCGUCCCCCGAAACCAAUGCGCCAGGAAUCAGCAUCCAGUGGAGUGUGAUUCGCACGCCUUAUAUCGAAUUGUUGGACAAGUCUGACCCGCCAUCACCUCCGGAAACGUACAUUUAUAGCUUGGUUCUCAACUGCAUCAGUACUUUUGCUGAGGGACUUGCAAAGUUCAUCCUUCCCCUAACUGUCCCUGAUAUCAAACCAAAAAGGAGAAGUAGGAUUGCAAGUCCAGAUCAAAAGGCUGCUCCUACUACACCUAUUCCGGCUCUCGAAAGGGCAGAUUCUGGGAAGUCUCCCCAACGGUCGACCAGCAAGAAAUCUACCGUGCCUUUGAAUCCCCUGGGUCUAGAGUCGCACCCCCAGAUAUCUGCGAUAAGGACCUGCGCCGGAAUUAUCGAAAAUUGCUGGCCUGCUGUUCUCGCAACCUGCUCCACCUUUCUAUACGCCUCAUUAGACGAGGAAUUUUAUCAUAACUUAGUCCGGUCUUUUCAGAAACUAACUCAUGUUGCCGGUCUUUUGAGACUGUCUGUUCCGCGGGAUGCCUUCCUGACGACUUUAGGAAAAGCUGCCAUGCCAGCAGAUAUGGGCGGCGUCAAGCCUGUGGGGGCGUCCACUUUGUCUACCCCGGAUCAAAGACCUACCCUGGAUGAGAAAAGAAAAGGUAGCGCUGUAUCCCUUGUUGGAUCCCCAUUCGCUACCGAUGGGAUAAACGCCAACGGAGAGGCCACCUUUUUGUCACUGAGUACAAGAAACCUCUUAUGCCUCCGUGCUCUCCUGAAUCUCGGAAUUGCUCUUGGCUCGACUCUAGACCAGCCGGCCUGGUCAAUUAUACUUGGGACACUCCAGGAUGCAGACUUACUCAUUGGCAUGGCUUCAAGCAAGCCACAUACCUCCGCCACUAAUGUAGGAGAGCCGUCAGUCGAUGUACAAAAAGCUAACCUUGGGGCUGAGAUCUCGGCCGUCCAAACAGCCUCUGCGAAAAUGCUCGAGAGCACUGGGGACUAUCCCACCGAGUCGUUCCAGAGUCUCCUGGUUGCUCUUCUUGAUCUCUCUGGGGUGAAUGCGGAAGUGGCUGAAGAUAAAUCGAGCGAGAAGGCGUCCGGAAACUCUGAAAUCGCACAAACUCAGCGACACGUUGGUCGGACGCGCAGAACCAACCGCCUUGUGCCUCUUGUCGUAGAGAAGUCCAGAAUGAAAGAUGAAGACCUAAAAUUUGUCCUUGGAAAAGCGAAUGAGUUAACUGAGGCGAACCUUGAGAGAUUUUCAUCGCUGGCUGAAAGUGAUCGUGAUGCUUGGCAGUUUCUGACCGAGAGGUUGAUUGCAAUUGCAGCAAACCCGGAUAUCAAUCAGAAACUUCGGCUCCGAGCAAAUGGGUUGCUCAGCUACGCUAUCUUCCAGACUAUGAAGAACGGGGGCAAUAUCGAUGACUCGAUUCGGAAUGCGCGCCAUGUCAGAAAUCUUGAAACUCUCAAUACGCAGGUCAAGACACUAUACAAGGCAAACGCUUGCGUGCCAGGAUCACCUUCUUCAUCUGUGGCCGAGAUACAUGAGCAAAGUUUGGAGACGUUGAAGAGUAUUCUCGAGCAGUACGCAGAGACUUUUACGGAUGGAUGGGCGUUAGUCUUCAAUCUGAUCUCUAGCAUUUUUGGAAACGGCGCAAAUGGCGAAGGUAAGAUACAAGCAACACCGAGGGAGCCUGGAUCGCGCCUAUCGGUGGGAUCACCUCGCCUUGUUCGUGUGGCAUACAGAUCGCUUCAAGUGGUGGCCUCCGAUUUUAUUGCUUUACUGCCCCCGCCCUGCCGUUUGGAUCUUGUGGACUCUCUUUCCCGGUUCGCUCAACAGCAGCAAGACUUUAAUAUAUCGUUGACUACAACGUCAUCCUUCUGGAAUGUAUCAGACUUUCUGCAAGGCCAAAUCGAACGAUUCUCCAUUGAAUCACAUGUGGAUUCCUCAGUCAGUGAAGAGACACUCUCAGCCCUGGCCAAAAGCGAUGACCUUUCAGUCUCUCGGAACGCCCUAUGGCUAUUGCUCCUGCUGAGGAUCGUAGACCUCACAAGGGACAGCAGGCUAGAAAUCCGAAAUUGUGCGGUUCACACGCUUUUGAGGAUUUUUGACGCCUAUGGGCAGCAACUGUCGCCGAAGGCAUGGCGACUAUGCCUUAAUAGGGUCUUGUUCCGGAUGAUUGAAGAGAUCGAAGCUGAACUUGCAAUAUUCCAAACAGCCAAAGAUAACAAGGAGUUCGAUGAGCUCAAAUCAUGGGUGGAAACAGCAGUAGUAAUGAUCAAGGGCUCAUCCGAUCUUAUCACAACAUUUUUUGAAGCUAUUGUGAAGGAUGAUGAAUUUGAUCGUUCCUGGGAACGACUCGUGGGAUUUUUCCACAAACUUGCCGGUUCCGGUAUCUUGAGCAUAAGCGAAGCUGUAUUCUCAAGUUUCUCGAGCAUUCUUCUUCGCGUCCAGUCCCCCAGUGACAUAAGCAAGGAGGCGCUACGCUGUACGUGGUCGUUGUGGGUUAAUGGCCAUCCUGCCAACGGAGAGAACAUGCUUGAUCUGGAAACGCCUAAUCAAGAUGCAGCAUCAGCAUACUUGCAGGCGUUCCAGCAGCUCUAUCGUCUUUACAAAGACGAGUUUGAAAGCAGUCAGAUUGAUAGCAUCCUUGAGCAUAUGCGUCUUCUGGCUUGGAAUUCUAUCAUUCCACGGUACUCUCCGGAUAUCGAUCGUCCUUCAAGUCUUCAAGCAAUGAUCAUCGACUGCAUGAAACUUCUGUGUUCAGACAAACCCAAAGCACAGCCCAAAAUACUUAUUUGUCUUGCGGAUUUCGUCGAUUCUGCGUUGACAAAAUGGUCCCCCGAGUCCGACCCAAGGCAGCCAACUUUUGUUGCCUUCUCAAAAAGCGCAUUGGAGCUCCUGCGCUGGUAUAUAGCCGAGUAUGGGAUCAAAGAAGAUAUCUUCUCUAAUGGUUCCUUGGCUUCGGCACUCGAGCACCUUGGAAACCCGAUAGUACAGAGAUAUGAGUGGCCAGGCAAAGAUCGGGAUCCCAGUCUAUGGCAACAAUCGACAACAGCAGCAUUGGAUAUCCUGAAUGUGGCAGUCCCGUACGUCGAAAAGCACUACGAUGAAUCUGAUCCGUCAGAGGUAUCCCACUUCUGGAAAUGUGUGGUGGAUAUUGCGAAUGGCAUUGUCUCAGCAAGAGGCUAUUGGACACUCCCAGUAUCAAGUACAAAGAUCUACAGUGACGAAUCCUUUGACAUUGAUGCCUUCCGCAAACUCAAGCUCAUCAUUAUUCCCUCCCUCGGAGCAUUAAUCAUCCCAGACAGUAUUCGGCGUGACUUUGCGCGUACGGUUCUCCACUCCUCCUUUAUAUAUCAACAGCAGCGUCUGGGCCGUCCUGUCAAGUAUUCAGAGAAUGAACCGCUGCAGGAUCUAUACGAUAUCAGGCCAGGGAGGACAUUUGACCCUGCACCAACUCGGCGCGCGAGAUUGGCGUAUGUCCUAAUUGACACACUGUUCGAGCUGGCAGCAGCUCCUCCACAGUCCACAAUCUCACACAGCAACGACAGUUCUCAGCCUAAAAAAGCAAGCGGCGGCGAUUCUGCAGCUGCUCGUAUCUUGCUCUCACGCGCCAUCUCCCCGUAUCUCAUCCUCCGCUGCGCCGUGUCCCUGAAAGCAUACAUUGCAGAUCAGCCUCUCCGCGGACUGAUGCCGCAGCCCACUCCUGCGCGCAAGGUGCUCCUGCAUCUCCUGCGCGGGAUGGUCAGCCUGCAGAGCGAACCCACUGCUAUCCCUGACCCGCCGGUGAUCAGGACCUUGGCUCUACCAGCGAAAGGAUCGGACGUGGCAGGCAAUGAGCAUCACAAAAGGCAUUUGGAAUGGAUAUACCCCCUCGUCGUGAAAGCGGUGCAAGUAGCCGGAAAGGAAAAGGAUGAUGGGGAAGUUCUUCGGGCUCUCGGGGCAGUGUUGGACCAGCUCGGUAACCACGACUAA